CGUAAUUAAAUCAUGUUGGUUUAACAAAUAAUUAUUUUGAGUGUAGCCCUGAUUGCACAAUAUCUCAAAACAACACUAUGUGUUACCAAGAAAACAGCAAUGGCCAUUUACUCAAGAAAUGUACUUAACUACGUUUUUGAAAUACUGAAACUUUAUAUAAGUAUUUGCAUUAUAUGGUAAUCUGUAAUAAUAAAACACUACAUUUAUUUAAAGGCUGUGGUUAUUUGUUAGUUUUUAAUCAAGAUUUUAGAUGGAACAGUUCAUUCAAUAGUAUCCAUUGUUAAAGAGAUUUAACUAUAUAACUAAAAUAGGCUGCAUAUUGACAAACAAAAACAUCUGUUUACUUCUCGCAUAUAAAUACAUCAACAAUAAUGAUCCAAUAAUAUAACAAUGAGAUAAGCAUGCGUUGCAUCAUGAAACGUUUAGUUUUUUUAGUUGAAGUAUAUAUUGUUUCCAAUACCUUGUUGUCACAAUACAUUUACUUAUUACUAAUGCAGGACUUUUACUUAUAAUAGUUUAACUUAAUACCUUGGUGUUGCUAUUUUUACUUCUGGUCACUGGAAUGUAUAGUAUUAGUGAACAAUUCAAAAUGAUUAGCUGAUGAAUCAACUAACGGUUCUGAGCGCCCAACUGUAAUUGUCUGUCUGAAGGUUGUUUUAAAAAAGUUCCCACGAUUCCAUUCAUGCCUUCUUUACAUACCAGUCAUUCAGCUGUUUCUUAAACCCAAACACGCUGAGCUCAUAUUCACAACAAAUGAUUUAAUCAGCGAUCCUCUGCCUGAUCUGAUGCAACUAAACCUCAGAGAACAAAAAUGAAAUGUAAUGUACUCAGUUUUAACCUGAAACAAAGAUGUCAAACCGACUCCUGUGAGGCUUCUUUAGGCCUCUGGUGAGUCUGUAUGUAUUGCUCACAUGCCAUUAAAUGACAUCACUUAUGACACUCACUGACAUUUGGCUUGCCAUUUACAAUGUGGACAAACUGCUAUCACAACAUUUUUAAGCCAAGGGAGGAUCACACCCACAUAACAUCGUCUUCAGAAGUCCAACAAAAAGCAGUUAGGAGCUAUUGUGAAGCGUCACUAUGAAUCACCUCAGGAACCUGCACUGACUAACAAGACUUUAAGGAGCUGGAAACAGUGAUAAAAAGCAUUCCAAAUGAUGGCAGAUCAUGGAACACCUUGUGAUGGGCAGGAAGCCACCUAUUGCAUGAAUAGAGGGACGUGCUAUAAAAUACGUGAUGCCAUGAAUACUCUCUCCUGUGUUUGCAAUGAAAAUUAUAAAGGCAGCCGAUGUGAGCAGUUCCAGCUCUUCAGCAGUUCCGGCAAAGCAGGGGAAGCGGGGUUAAUCGCAGCCGUGGUCAUCGUUGUCCUCUUCCUCUUAGUGGUGAUAGCUGUUGUGAUCUACUACACCCGCAAGAUGUUGAAAGCCAAGCAACAGAGCCAACAGAACAAGCCCAAGACAGAAUAUUGGAAAGUAAAGCCCAGAGUUUGACUUUCUUCUGGAGCAAAUUUGUUUGUCUUUGGGCUGUGUGUCGGGUGGGAUAAUGAAGGACUUCUCAGAGAUGAUACUGUUUUGGGUGCCACUAUAAGACCAAAAGAACAAAGGAAAAACUGCUUCUCUGACCUUAACUAAAGUCAAGGUGAAGAGCGGAUCAAUGGUCACCUGAGAUAUCUGGAGUCCAUGCUGUUUGCUACAGAGAGGUGGAAUUCUUCAACACACAGACACACACAUACACAAACAGGGUGUGAAACAAGUGUGAGAAGGUGGGAAUUGAAUCACAUCUUGCACAGUAGAUUUUUUCAGCACCGCUAUGAAAGUUGCCACUGGUGUUACUCGUGUUGAAUCACAUUUCAAUCUAUGUACUUAGCCUGAAAUGUAUUUACAAAGCAUAGUUGGACUAUGUAAAAUAUGAGCUUGAAAUAUGGAUUUAUGAAAUGACCCCUUGUAUCAAGUAAUGAAUACGCUCAGUAUGCAGUUAGUAAAUAUAUUGCAAUUGUGUAAAUAUAUGCAAUGACCCCUAUUGAAUUGACUGUGUGAUUUGUGAUUUCUGUUUUCACACACACACACACACACACACACACACACACACACACAC